GUGAAUUUUUGGGUGGUUUUCUUGACCUUUUCUCGGCAUCUACCUGAAUCGUCCCAGUUUUUCUCUAUACUUGCUUAUUCCUGUACUAUCAUUCAGUACUUUCGCUAAAUGCCCAAUCGACUCUACGAGACUCUUAUCCUACCUUACUACCUAGGUAGUCAUUAGGUUGCCCUUUCACCCGUCCGUCCGAACUUCCCACCAACUAUGGUGUCCGUUUGUUGGUUGUCCACUGCAGUCGUUGGCAGUGGCCCGUCAAACUCAAGUGAUGCCAACUCGACGCUGGCGGACUAUCAACCCAAGUUGUCAUCUUGAGUGGCUGCACCUGCCCUCCAUCCGAUUCAUGUUAUACACUCACUGCCACUGCUUGGCGGGAAAAGCAAAGAGGAAAAAGAAUCUGAUAUCUCAGAUUACACUACAUCACACUCGAUUGCUGUUUCCUUGCUUCCAUCUCUUCCAUCUCUUCCUCUCCUCUCUACUUCAUCACAACGAAAAGGAGACGGAAAGGGCACCUCAGUGCGGUCCUUCUUGCUUGGGCAUUUCAUCGCGUGAUUACCAAACAAGUGUCGAUGAUGAGUUGUUGUUGUUGCCACUCGCUGCUACAACUUAAGAUUGCGCCCUCCUCCGAUUCCAAUCUCGGAGCAAGUGGAAGAUAUAAACCUCCACUUCAUCUUUCCAUCUUCUCUUUCCAUCACCCAAUACUACCUCUACCUACCUAUCUACCUACCCUCAGUCCCACCCAGCUCGCUACAGUACUUGCCAUUCAUCUCUGCUGCCCUUCUUCACCUGAUGGUAUGUUGGCGCUGCUCAGCAACUGGCGCGCGACAACAAAGAAGAAAAUACACCCAAAUAAUCACGACUCUGAUUUCUGACUUUGGCCCAAACUAAUUCUCAGAAUCCCACCAAGCACAAGCCCUCGUCCACGUGGCACCGCCAUCGCUUUCGGCGAUGCGACUUUGACGAAGAAAAAAAAAAGACUAAAGCGCGCGCAAAUCCUCCUGCAUUGGUCAGCCGUUUGUUACUUAUCUUUACGUACAUACAUAUCUUGCUUGUUCCCGCUGCCGCAGCAACGAUCCCGGUGCAGUUGUCCGACCGCCGCUUCACGUGCAGUUGCCGGGGCGAACUCCGAACCGCCAUAACCCAUGCCGGGACUACCUGUGCAAGCCCCUAACGGGGUUCCUGUAAAUAAUUCUGCCAACUACAACGACGCUCGCCUCGCAUCGUCCAUCAGCGCUUUCCUCAACCAUCGACAGCCCGCCUGGACCGGCACCGUCGUCGAUUUCAGUCCACGGCCUCCGACAGCACAAGCCCCAGCAUCGGCGGUACCCCCGGCGGCAGAGUCGGCAUCCGGGGAGGUGAUGACCCCUCAUGCAGGCGCGUCCGCCCCGUUCAGAGGAACAGGCCGUCCACGCGGCCGGCCGCGCAAACACGCAGGCACACUGCCCCACGUACAACACGCCGCCCACGACGGCACACCCCAACACGGACACGAGAACGGACAAGAAGAGGAGGCGGAAGAAGUGCAACAACAACAGCCAACAUACGGUCAAGGGCCACCAUCCGCGCAGCCGCAACAGGCUCCUCAACGCCCCGGCCGAACUGCCCAGACAGCCGCCGUCCUUCUGUCUCCAGCCCCGAGCGACGAGCCGAGUCCUGCCGUGUCGAACUCGAGAGAAAGUCCAAGCAUAAACCACAAUGCGCCCGCUCCCUCAUAUCAUCCCGUGAUAGCCGCCCGAUUUGUACACAGCCUGAACGAUGACAAUACAGGGUCUACCUUUACAAGAGCAGGAAACAAUGGCUCGGCCCCGACAACUCCUGCGGUCCCACCGUCUGUGAGUCCGUUCUUGGCGCAUCCUCAGCUCCCGCCACAGUCUACAAAUGCUGCAGCAUCAAUUCCACAUUCUCCUGCGCCUCAGAACCAGUCACUGUUGGCCCACGGAGCUCCUCAACGCGAUGGCCAAGGCCAGGGCCAGGGUGGACAUGUCAACUCGCCACCCUUGCCGCUGGCGCCGCACCCAGGUGAACGAGCGGCCAAGAGGAAGAGGAUAGAUCCUUCGCAGCCUCCUCCACCCAUGGCGUACUUGGAGUUCCGACAUGUCCUCCGACGGUACUCAAAUUCGCCGGGUGUGAAGGACCGGAUCAAAGCAGGCACCGAGUUUGCUAGAUUUUCGCUUCUCGAUCAGGCGUGUAUCAAGGAAGACGGCUUCUUUCUGGCCCUCCACCAAAUCUACUGCAUGUGGUCAUCGUAUGCGCAGAAUGCCUACGAUAUCUUACCCGAGUACCCCCCUCAUACUAUUGAUGAAGGCCUUGGGAUCAUGGAGGGGCUUCUUAAAAAGAACCUUACCAUUCAGCCCAUGCAUCGUCAAUUUUUCGAAAACUUUCCAGCGUCUAUCAAUCAACUGUGUGAGCCGCCCACGGCAUAUAAUACUGCUAUACGGCAAGUAGGCAGGUUCCUGCAUUUGAUCGGGACUAGUUAUGGUACAUUCGUGGCUACGGUGAGCCAGCGUGGGUACCCUUACCUGGUCGAUGAGCUCUUGAGCUACUGGGAAUGCUACUCGCCCGUCUUGCAAUUAAUUUUAUUUACCGCGUGUCGUAGGAGGAUAGGAGUUCCCGACGGCCACGGCUGUGCUCAUGAGAUCGACCGUGCUUUCCAGAUCGAUCAAAGGAAUCAUGCUUAUCUAUACCAGUCAGGCAACUUGAAUCCGCAGUUUUACCAAACAUGGCGAAACCAACAAGAGCUAGAAGCCCAAAAUGCUGAGCUGAUUACAUAUUAUCGCUCACGCGUCCAUCAAGUAAGGACCGGUACUGGUGCAGCCGCCAACGGCAACAAUUCCAUUGGCAACAACAGCAAUACAACCCCUCAAAACAGGAGACUGUCAAUCCAGACAACAGCCCCGGCAGCCACUGGUCCGCCAAUGCCAAACAGUGCACCCCCGAAUCAGGCAGCUUUCACAUUUAGCAAUGCCACAAAUCCAUACUCUCCGGUUUUUUCGCCUGGUAUGGAGGCAUUCCACAACGCUUAUCCUACCCAGAAUCUGCCCUCUGCGCAGCAUUCUCCACCAAGCGUUCACCCGUCUAUGGUUACGUCUCGAAGUCCGCAGGAUCUGUCAAACCCAGCGGCACAAUGGCAGCAGCAACAACUACAGCAACAGCGCCAGCAACGUCCGUUAUAUCCACAACAAGGUGUACAAUAUCCGCCACAUGCGCCUCAACAGCAUGGCCUACAAAGUAUGGUGAUAACUCCACAACUGUGGCAGCAAAUGCAGCACGAAGGGGCUCUUCGACGGCAACAAAUACCGCAGCAACAGCAACAGCAUCAGCCUCAACAUCAGCUACAGCAGCAACAGCAACCAGGGAAUCAAAGGCAGCAAUGGGUUACGGCUGCGAUGACUGCGGCGGCCAACAACGGCGCUUCAGCUGCGCAACUGUACGCGGCGAGGGCACAAGCGCAACAACAGCUUCAGCUGCAGACUACAAUGCCUCUUGCCGCCCAAAUCGCCCCUGUUCGCCCUCAACAAGUUCAAGCACAGCAGAAUCCGCAAAUACAGCAGCAACCGCAAAAUGUGGUCCCGCGCGAACCGGCUCCCGCGCGCACCCCGGAUAUACCGCUAGUCCCUCCGCUAGGAACAACGAUUCAUCCGUCAGAGUAUGCCUACGAGGCUUCUGAUAGGAGGUCCCUGCUGAUGGCACUGCAUCAAGCUCAUGCUCGAAGUCCCAGACGAACCGUAGUAAAUGGAGAAUCAGAGCGGAUGUAUCAAGCAGUCAAGGAACUAGUCACAAAGCCCACCCAGCUGGCGGAAAAUGUGCGUAUCUACACGGUUCCCUUCGAAGUAACUGAUGAGCAAUAUCGGUUGAGAGUGAUGACGGACAGGCGCGGUGUAGCAAUUGCCGUACAGCCCCACCAGUCGCUGCGCUGGAGAAUUCGCUGUUGCCGAAUCAAUAACCACCAGAAAGGCGUCAUCUUGGAUGAAACAUGGCGGGCCACCCAGUCGAAUUGGCCAGACAUUUUCAUUUCCUUCAACGGUAAUCCCCUUGAAAUUCGGAGAAAACCCCAUUUUGGGAAAGAUCUGUCUAUCGAGCUUACAGAAAUGAUCGUAUCGGGCAAAAACAAGGUUGAGGCUGUCAUCCAGAACGCCCCAAGCCCGAACUUCUUCAUCGCGGUGGAGAUGAUCGAGACCUUGAGGCAUUCCACCAUCGUCGAUGACGUUUGGAAGAACCGGCUAAUUCCUGAGUCAAAGACUCUGCAAAUCAUCAAGGAUCGACUUGGCGGGAGCGGCGCCGAUGAUGAGGUUUCGGUUGCAGUGCCGUACCUGUCUAUUGACCUGACUGAUCCCUUCUCGUCGGUCAUGUUCCACACACCUGUUCGCGGUGGUGCAUGCACCCACUUGGAGUGUUUCGACCUUGAAACCUUUCUGAACACGAGGCAGGUGUCCAAGGUGCCCUGCGGUCAUGAAGGUAGAGCAUGUAAAUGCCCGCCUCAGCCGACAAGCCCAGACAAGUGGGCCUGUCCGCUGUCAGGCUGCGAUAAGAUAGCAAGCCCGUACGAUCUACAAAUCGAUGGCUUCUUACUCAAGGUUCGUAAGGAGCUGGAGCGCACGGGAAGAAAGCCUCAGUAUAGUAAAGCUUUGCACGUGGAGGCGGACGGCAAGUGGACCGUUGUGGUGCAAGACGACGAUGACGAUGACGAUGAUAGCGAUGGCGAGGAUCUGGAGCCCAGGCAGAAGAAGAUCAAGACCGCGUCGGCCACUCCUGCUCCGGCGCCCAGUGUGGCUGGUUCGGUGUCGAGGAGAUCUGGACCACCGUCGAAUGUGGAAGUGAUUGAGAUUGAUGAUGAUUAGAUGCCAUGAGCGUCUGGUCCCGCAGCCUGUGGUCUUCAAAACGCCUGAUGAGGCUCUUGAGCUGAUGCUUAUGACGGAGGCGGAGGGGGGGGGGGUCACAGAAAGAGAAAGAAGUUCACUCGCAGUAGACUUAGCAUGUUACCAUUUCCAUAGCGUCUGGAGUUGUGGUUGGGGUUCAAAAAGGGUUCAAGUUGGCUCAUUAGUUGGUAAAUUUGGUCGGUGUUUCUCCCGAGGUAUCCAUCGGAGGGUGUCAUGGGAACUCAUAGAGUUGGGGCGUUGCAUUGCGUUUAGUCAUAUAGUUGGUUUAUAUAAACCAAGUGAUCGUAUGUGGGGAGUUGACUAGCACAUGGCUUCUAGUUAUAUACCCAAUGUUUUGAUUUC